CUUUGAUUUUCUAACUCUUAGGAACGCAGGCCUUUCACAAGCUGGAGAAAGUGCUCUCAAACGAGAGGGUUUUGAAUGAUGUGGAGAAACUCAGCCCCCACCAGCAGACUUCACCUUUGAAGGCCUUCCACAGUGCCAUCCUACGCUUUGCCCCACAAAACGUCGUGUUUCCAUUUCUUGGAAUGUUGUGCAGACUGUACCUGGCAGCCAUACACUAUAAUGAAAGGGCUGAACGCCCCACUUCAUCCACUGGAGACCCUCCGUAUGAACUGCAGGCCCCAGAGCCCAGGGAGGGAGAGUGCAGAGCAAAAGCUGGAAAGACUGACCCCACAUUCCGUUACGUUGACAACUUAAUGGACCUCAUCUUUGAUCAAGUCUUUGUGGACCCCGCCCCAUUCACAGAGGAGGUUCUGAAGAUCCCCGUCCCAGAGGACCUGACAGGGAGGAGGUCAGCACAAAAUAUGCUACGUGGCUCAAUUUUGACUGCAUUCUGAACACAGACGCUUUGGGAUCAAGAAACUCCCUGAGGACAACGCAGAUGCAUGACUACUCUGAUCCUGGGCCAGCUCACUAAACCUCUGUAAGCUAGAAACCUGUGACGCCUGGAAGCAUUCCAAAGGAUUCCAAGUCAAAAGCCUAUGUGACUUGUGUGAAAUGGAGAUAAAACUAGGAUGGAGGGAUCUCAGCGACCGACAGAGGGCGAAAGACCACGAGGAGCCUCAGCACCAGCGCAUCCUUUCUCCACGGGGCUUUCCCCCCUCAGUGCGCACCGACAUUAAGAGGAACCAUGAGAGGGGUGAGGCCUAUAGGAUAAGCACACACUGCUGGACCCUCUUCUCCCCCCGAGCUCGAGUCUCUCGGUCCGGUAUGUCGGUGAGCCUGCUCUCGCCAUGCCCGCUGCUGAACGCUCCGUGCUGCCGCUGCCGCUGCUGCUCUUUCUGCCGUCGCUGCUCCUGAUUUCCUGCCUGGAUGAGGCGGUGGGAGCAGCGGAGGAGGGCGGCGGCCUGCCCUCCCCCUCACCCGGGGACAAUGGCCUCACCGUCGCAGUCGUCGGAGAGCAGUCCGCCACCGAACCCACCGCCCCGGGGAGGUUUCCCAGCACCACCGCGGUGAUAGAAGAGCCCGAGUUUGCCCUGAGGGUCCUGGUGAGGGACCUGGUGACCCGCCAGGCGCUGCCGGGGGCUUCAGUGGACGUUUACCUAAACCACACCCUGAGGAGCUCCGUCCGAACGGGGGAGAGGGGGGAGGUUCUGCUGUGGGUGGCGUACAGCCCAGGCCUCAGCCUUACUCUGCUGGGCAACAUGGAGGGCUACGUCCCCAGCCCCCUGCCCUGGAGCUCCAGCAAGAGACCCAUCUUCUCUGCUGUGACGUUGCUGCUGCUCCCUCACAGUCAGGGGAACAUCUGGCUGUACCAAGACUCCGUCCUCAUCACCGGGAAGUUACCUGACAGCUCAUCCCAGCCCAAGGUCCAGUUCCCGAAGAGCCUCCUCACCAAGUCCGAUAACAGCAACGUCUCCUCGGUGACGGCGUACCUCACUGUUCCAAAGCACCACCUAGCCAAAGACUGUGCCAACUGCACCCCCGGCCUCAUCAGCCAACAAUCAUUGUUGAGAGGCAUCGAGCUGAAGGCGGUGGCAGCGGUGGAUAUCCUGCUGUACUCUGAAGGUGAGGAGCUCCAGGUUCGAGGGCCCAUUCACAUCAGCCUCCCCCUGGGACACAGCACCCGCCUGAGGGCCUCUGACACCGUGCCGGCCUGGGCCUUCAAUGUAAAGACAGGUGCCUGGGAGAAUCAGGGUCUGGGAAUAGUGAAAGCAGAAGGUAACGAGCUGGUUUGGACCUACACUGCUUCCCAUCUGGGAUACUGGAUCGCCGCCCCGAUUCCCUCGUCACACGGUUACCUGUGGCUUGGAAGCUCCUUUGAUUUCACAUCGUACCACGCCUACCUGAUGAUGGGAAUUAUGGGAGCGUCGCUGGCUCUUGUCAUCGGAUGUCUCUCCUUGUUGCUAUGUCACUGCGGGCGAGGUUCUUAUCGAGAGCCGAGGAGGAGAGCACGCUUUUCCAAACUCACAGUGGUGAAGAAAGACCAAACCACCUCCACCCACAUGGAGGAGGGUAUGCUGUUCCGUUCUGGCGACAACAGCCUGGCUUCCUGCAGUGUCCAGUGCGACCCCUCCCUCACACCGAGGCACAAAGCCAACUACAACAUCUAUGUGGAGGAUCCAGGGGGCCGCCCGGGGGCCGCCCUGUACGAGAACAUCGCUCUGGAUCGGAUCAAAGGCUCCCAGCAGCCCUCUCACUAUAUCAACAGUGACGAGGUGGCACGGAUUCGGGAGAAGUCGGAGCAGAACCGUUCCAACAUGAACUCUACAAACUUCUUUCAAGAUAAGCUGCUCCACAUGGCUCUCAUCCAGGCUCCGGAAAACUGCAAGUCGGCCACUUUCCCCCGCAACGACGCUCACUCAGAUCCUGAUAAAGACAACUACGCCCAGACACUCCCCAAAGGUGGAAGCAGCCCCCAGGAGAGCAGCCAAGGUGACCCCCAGCCUCUUGAGACCCCUCCUCCAGGCGCUAUGUGGGGCCGCUACAAUAACCCGCUGGAGUCCUCCGUCUCCGUGCCUGGGACUCUGAACGAGGCGGCGGGUAUGGGGGGGCACGGGGGUGCCAGCGAGCUGCAGGGGAUUUCCGAGCGCACUUUGCUGGAGCUGACCCGGGGGAAGUCUCAAUCCCGCGCCUGGUUUGUCUCCUUGGAGGGGAAACCGGCCGCCACGGUGCGCCACUCCAUCAUCGAGCUACAGGGCCGCCACCGCCCCCACAGCAGCAACGACACCAGCCUGGACUCGGGGGUGGACAUGAACGAGCACAAUGUCCGCGAGAUGGAGCGCGACAGGAGAGCCACCCGGGCCUCCUCCCUGCCCUACCGCAGCCGGGGGGGGCGUUACAGCGAAGAGCAGGACCUGAGCAGCAGCGAGAGCGGGACCACCGCCACCUGCACCCCCGAGGACCCCUACCUCAGGAACAUUUUAGACGGGAGCAGCGGGGCCAUUCCGAAUAUCCCCGAGGAGCGAGACGGGGUGGAUACGUCCAGCGCUCAGGAGGACAGCGAGUCCAGAGGGACGCCCCCCCCACGCCGCCUGAGGAAGGUGAGGGAGAAGGGGAAGACGGAAAAGAGGAGCGCAAAGCACGUCCGCGAGGGGAGACCCCUGACCAAGAGAAGUUAGAGCAUGGCAAACAUUAGGCUUUUUUUUUUUCAUCAAUGCUUAAUUUAAAGGUCACCUAUUAUUCAAAAUCCACUUUUCAUGUCUU